AUGGCCCUCUCACGUUCUUCCCGGACCGCUUUUGCCCAUGUCUUCCGUACAAAACACUUCCACACUGGCUCUGUUCUGAAUGCACGUCAAAGUCCUGGUGCACCCGCGGCCGCGGCCGCGAAGGCUAGACGCGCCAUACCCAGCCUGGAGCCACUGCUGAUUGAGGAGGACGCGUUGGAGGAUCAGGUCCGGGACGGCGAUGAUGCUCCAGAGCCGACACACAAAUAUUUGCAGCAGCAGAGGGAGAUGCUAUACUAUAUGCGACUAAUAGAGCACGAGAUGCCCAAGCUCGUUGCCUACCGCAAGCCCUUCGUACCCCCCAACUCGUCGAAUCCUCUGGUCAUCCGUUCAAUAACUUACGGCGGAGAGCCGCAUCCUGCUACCGCCAAGCGCACCAUAGUCGUCCCCGUCGCUCGCCUACCGCUCAGGAACGAGCAGGCUAUCCACAAAUUCAAGGUCUUGGCUGGUGUUCGGUGGACGCCGGAACCCCCCAAGGACUCUGGUCUGAAUCCGGAAGAAGGUGGGAGUGAGCAUGGCUACUUCAAGAUCUCCUGUGAGGACUUCCCCAAGGGUCCUAUGAACUUGAAGUGGGCAAGUGACACUCUUGACCGUCUGUUGGCUGCCGCGAACGAUCUGAAAGAACCAUUCGCCGAUAUUCCCGUGGACACCCGACACAUCGAGGCGAGGACACGGAAGGCGAAGAAGGGAGGCCAUAUAUACGGUCGACAGACGCACCGACCAACACUUAGAGACUUCCCUAAGGAGUGGCUUCCUGUACCAAAAGGCGAGGCUACGUCUGAGCCUUCCGCGAGUGCAUAAUGCCAUGCAUUCGUGAUCGAGUUUUGAUCCGUG